CACGGUCGCACGACUGUAUAAUUGUGCUCGCUCGCCGGCCCCAGGGACGUGACACAUCGCACGGCCGAAGCAGCUCGGUGCUUUUGCCUCCGCCUGCCGUGCCGCCCGUGAGGCCGGCAGCUUUGCAUGAGGAGGAGGAGGAUGGGGGCACUGCACGUCGUCGGUGAGCCCAGGGUCGUCAGCUUCCAGCAGCAGCCUGCAGCCGUCGUCGCCAAGAACGGCCACGGCCCCGUCGUCGAGGAGAUCCACGGCCUGAUCCGCGUCUACAAGGACGGACACGUCGAGCGCCUCCCGGCGAUCCCGACCGUGCCCUGCACGUGGGGCGGCACCGGAGCGGACGCGCCUGGUGGCGUCGUCGCGAGGGACGUGGUGGUCGACCCCGCCACGGGGGUGUGGGCGCGUCUGUACGCGCCGAUGACGACGACGACGUCCGCGGGAGGCGGAACCGGAGGCAGCAGGCCCCCCGUCGUGGUGUACUUCCACGGCGGCGGGUUCUGCGUCGGGUCCGCGGCCUGGAGCUGCUACCACGAGUUCCUCGCGCAGCUCUCCGCGCGCGCGGGCUGCGCCGUGAUGUCCGUGGACUACCGCCUGGCGCCCGAGCACCGCCUGCCCGCCGCGUUCGACGACGGUCUGGCCGCCGUGCGGUGGCUGCGGCACCAGGCCAGCCGCGCCGCGGCGUGCGACGACCUCUCGUGGUGGCGGGCCCGCUGCGGCUUUGACCGCGUGUUCCUCAUGGGCGACAGCGCGGGCGCCAGCAUCGCCUUCCACGUCGCCGCGAGGCUCGGGCAGGGCCACCUCGGCGCGCUGUCCCCCUUGACCGUCAGGGGCGCCGUCCUGAUACAGCCUUUCUUCGGCGGCGAGGCGCGCACCGUGUCCGAGAAGAGCAUGGCGCAGCCGCCACGGUCGGCGCUGACGCUCGCCACCUCCGACUGCUACUGGCGGCUGGCGCUGCCGGCCGGAGCCAGCAGCCGCGACCACCCCUGGUGCAACCCGCUGUCCCGCGCCGCGCCGCGCCUGGAGACCGUCCCGCUGCCGCCGGUCCUGGUGUGCGUCUCGGAGACGGACAUCCUGCGGGACCGCAACCUGGAGCUGUGCAGGGCGAUGCGCAAGGCGGGCAAGUGCGUGGAGCAGGCCAUGUACGGCGGCGUCGGGCACGCGUUCCAGGUGCUACACAACUGCCACCUGUCCCAGCCGCGGACGCAGGAGAUGCUCGCGCACAUCAAGGCCUUCGUCAGCGCCAGGUAGCAGCCGCCGCCGCCGCCGUCGUUCGUCUUCGUUGGACUGGACCCCUAGCUAGCUAACACACUCGCCGUCGCCGUGUUAAUCAAUCCACCAUGCAUCCACCACCUAAUCCUAAUCCUAAUCCAAUCGAAGAGUAGAUGCCGUGUAAGCAACCAGCCUUGUGCAGUACUGUAUUACGUAUCACAGUAGUAUGUGACUUCGAGUCAGCUACGACGUGUAUUUGCAGCAAAAAAGCGUCCAAUGCCCAGCCCGGGUUGUUGUAGCGGUGUCGGAAAGCAAAAGCUUAUCACUACCAUAUAUAUAUGUUAUGUAUGAUGAUCUGCUGUUCAUUUC